ACUUGAUUUUAGUUGUCGCCAGUGAUCUUCGAUUUUGUUUGUUGUGUAGCCGUCCUUAUCACAGUUUCAUGAGAAAAGCCAUGCUUCACCAAAUCAGAAUAGGAUUUCCAACAAUCAUAUGAUCUUGGUCCCUGGGAUAGAAUGUACCUCUUUUUGGUAGCAGAGUUUCUUCUGAUCUGUCAUCAACAGCAACUAUGAAACCUUCUUCAAUCCCGCCAAACACCCGAUUGUCCUCUACCGUAUGGCCCUUGUGAUAUUUUCGCUUCCCAACUUUUGAUUCAUCAAUUUGAACGACUUUGCCUUUGCCUCCUAGUUUCCUCAUAUUCAAGUAAAGUUACUUCACAUGUUUCUCGACAGAACAUUUCCCAAUUUACUACUGUCUUGCUGCUGAUUUGCAUUUCUUUCAUCAUCAUAUUUUGUGGCAUCUUUUGUGUUCACAGGCAGUACAUGACAAUGGAAAUUUUCCUUUAUCGGGUGCCUGUCUUAUUCAGGCGAACAGCUGCAGUUUUAUUCAACCUUGGUCUUCAACCAAGGUACAAUCAGAAUCUUGUUUUGGGAUCAACUAGAGUGCUCUGUGAUGUUAAUGUUCAGCCAGCAAGAACUGUUUGCAUUGAUUCACUUGUAUCAGAUUUAAAGAGAGUAAAACUUUCUGAGUCACUUCCUUGCAUCAGGGCAACAUCUGAAAGGAAAUCCUGUGGGAUCUAUGGGACCGCUAUCAGGACAUGUUCCAGUGAAGGCGUGAACAAGCGUCGUGUGAUUCCCAACGAAGCAAGCAAGCAGUACUUAGCCAGCAUAGGUCUCGAUUGUGACAGGUUACAGAAGUCCCGUCCCACUGUGCUAAAGCAGAAUGUGAACAGUCUACAGCAACAUGUAAACCUCCUCAGGAGUCUUGGUCUAAGCGAUUCAGACAUUGUCAACAUCAUCUACAAGGAAGCCUCAUUCCUGAGGAAAGAUGUGAAGUCUGUAUAUGAGUUGGUAGAGUACUUAAAGAACACCGGUCUGAAGGACAGUGAGGUGGCCAACAUCUUUCAGAGGGCACCCCGUUUUUUCACCACGCCUGAGACUGUCAUGGACAAUGUGGAGUAUAUGAAGUACCUUGAUGUCACAGACAAGAAUAUCUGCUACACCCUGAUCUACACUCCAUCUAUGUUCUACAGGGUUCAAGGUGGGGUUGAGCGGGUAGCUUCAUACCUCAAGCAAGUCAUGAUGGAGGAAAAUUUUGUGGGAGACCAUAACCGUGUCAUCCGUUACAUCAUGAGGAAUGAUCCAGCCCUUUUCAUCCGUCAGGUUUCUGAAUUGGAGAACAAUGUGAAGUUUCUCAAGGAAUCUGGAUUUCAUGGAGAGGACUUGAUAUCAAUCAUCCGUUACUGUCCUAGUUCUGUGCGCAUUGGAACCGAGUUCCUCAAGUCGCGCCUGGAAUAUCUCCAAAAGCAUCUGCCUUUGACUAAUAAUGCAUUGAAAGACCUCAUUCGAAGGCACCCUCAAUUGCUUCAUGCCAGUGUAGAAACAAUACAAUCUCAUAUUGAUCUUGUUCUUGAACUAGGUUUCACAACAGCGGAUAUGGUUAAAACGCCUAGAAUCUUUGCUCGUAGUCUGAGCUCCAUCAGAUCCCGAUAUGAAGAACUAAUUGAAGUUGGAUGCAAGCCUAAUCUUGGUUCAUUCAUUUACUCCAAAGAGAGGCAUCAGGAGAUCGUGCAAAAAUUCAAGAUGAACCAACGCAAGAAAAACAGGAGUGAAGAAAUUAAUAACUAAAUAGUUGUAUUUGUUAUUUUAUAAAAUUAAUAUAAAAUUAUAAGGGGACAAUUAUCUGGAAAAAAACCGCUAUGUGUUAAAAGAUAUAAUAAUUGAAAGAAUUUGUUGAAUCACAUGUGCACAAUGUGUGCAGAAAUAUGCAUGAAUAUUUCCUUCUGUGGUUGUCAUUAGUUCCUUUCUUAAAGAUAAAUGAACAAAGUUGUAGUUAAACUGAUUUCAUGAGAAAGUCUGUAAAACCUGGUCCUUGUCUUACAAAGAGUUGUGAUUGAUCCAAUCAACCACAACUAUGGAAAGCCAGCUACAUCAACAUCUUAAAUGCAUGUUCAAAAUUUCUUCUAACUAUGAUGGAUAUUCAUACAUUCAUUGUUUUCUUGAAAAUUCAGUGUGCUUCUCUUUGUUUAUGAAGGACAUUGUGCAACUUUCUUGUAGAAAAUAUUAUGACAAUGAUGUAUUUCCAUAGAAUUGAGGUUGAUCGAGUCCAUUGUAACUCUUUGUAAGACGGGACCCAGUAUUCUCACUAUAUCAUUGUGGAUCUAUAUAUCUGGUAGAGUUACAUAAUGUGAAAUCAUGAAAUCUAAUGUAGAAAAACAAUCACACUGUAGAUCACCAAUGCAGAUAAGGUCAUGUUACAGUGUAUUAUUAUUAUUAUUGCUUGGAAAAAGACCUGACAUUUGAUGUGAAUCCCAUGGAUAUAUUUUGAUAAUAUCUCAGUAAUCACACAAUUACUUCCAGAAUCAUUUGGCACAUAUUUUUUUUAUUUGUGCAAACAGACACUUAGGCAGUCAUUUUAUUGUCUUCUGUAUGAACUCAUCUUGAAAUUGUUACCACAAUUUAUUAGUUAAUUUUAUUCUUUUAGUAUUACUGGCAUUGAGUGUUUUAGAGAUUUUUACAGUAUACAUGUAUAUGUAUUGGAGGAAUAAUUUAUGCUGUAUGCAACCCCUGAAUAAAAAAAAAACAAAAAAUGUUUUAUUAUAAAUUUUAAUCACAGAAUAUUAAGUAUAAAAAAAAAUCAUCUCAUUUUAUUGUUUUGGUCCCUAUAAUAUUCUGAAACAUUUUAAAUAUUCUUGCCCCCCCCCCCCUUGGGAAAAAAACUGUGUGUAGCCAUUGAUAUGUAUCACAUUUCAUGAUUUGGUAUCAGUUAACUUUAAACUGACUGGAGGGGAGGUAGUUAAUAGUCUGUUUAUAGAGAGUGUGUAUUCAUAAAUUCGAGUAGAAGAACUGAUCCAAUGGCUAUUUGACAUUCUGUGUGUUUUCCAGAUGCUUGCCAAUGCAAUAGAUAAUGAUUUUUAUAUGUAGUUCAUUGAUUACUACAUCAUGAGGAGAGUGACAUUGUAUACGUUUGAUUCAUGAAUUUAUAUAUAAAUAAUAAAGUAAAAGUCACAGAGCAAAAUGCUGAAAAUUUCAUCAAAAUUGGAUAACAAAUAACGAAACUAUUGAAUUCAAAGUUUAGCAAUAUUUCGUGAAAUGCACGUCAUGAAUGUUCAUCAGGUGGGCCGAUGAUGUCACAUCCCCAUAUUCCUUUUUCUUAUGUUAUUACAUGAAAUCACAUUUAAUUUUUCUUACAUGUGCAAAUGAUGUGUCUCCAUUAUGAUGAAAUAAGUUGCAGCAAUAAAUAACUAAUGCACUAUUUUAGUUGUCAAUCCAAUUGUUUUAGUUCAUAGUAGAACAAAAAUUGAAUAAACCUAAUUUCAUAUAAUAAAAUACAAAAGAACAAGUGGGGAUAUGACAUCAUCAGUCCACCUAAUGGAUAUUCAUAAAGACAGGUCUAGAACUGUUUCACCGGAAUAAUGCAAAUCUUUAUAAUUCAAUAACUUUGUUAUUUGUUAUCCGAUUUUGAUCAAUUUUCCAUCAUUAUGCUCUGUGAGUUUUACUCUAUUUAAUGGCAUAUAAAUAUAUUCAGCCUGGAGCAUCCCUUUAAACAGAAUUGCUGUUAACAGGAAGUGGUCAGAUACUGGCUGGUCAUAAGGACUGCCACUCCUUAGGACUGCUAGUCACUGGAGCACUAUUCAUAAUACUAGGAGAGGUUUGUUUUCAUAACCAAAGAAAAGAAUCAAAACAUGCUAAACAGGUCAUUAACCUUGACAGUCUGUAUUCAUAAUAUGGGAAAAGGGUCAUUAUUCAUAAAGUAAAAAUACAUGUAGUUCUAAGGGUAACUAUCCAUAGUGGAAUAAGAAAGAAGCUAAUGCACUAGUCAUAAUGGAUAAAAUGUUGCUAUUUGUAAUUGAAUAAGAGGGUCACUAUUCAUAAUAAAAUAAACCCAUCAGACUAAUGACCACGUCCCUUGAUUAUUACCAGUAACCCUUUCUCCCGUUAUGAAUAGAGACCCUCUUCUUCCAUCAUGACUUGUGAUGCCCCCCCCCCCAUUCCAUUUGAAUAAUAAUGACCUGCAAUUAGCCGCCCUUCAUUUUUGUGAGUUAAUUAACUUGAUUCAAAUCAGUUCUGAUUAUUAAUUCCCUUUAUGGUAAAAUAUGAAUAGUGACUCAUCUUACAUUUGAAAAUAGGCAUUUUUAAUAAUAGUCAUCAUUACAUGUACCUUAUGAAUUAUGACCCUUUUUCUGUUUUAUAACUAGCAGGAAGUUAAGUAUGCGUGUAGUAAAUAGUGGUCAUUAUGAUUAGUGGGCUUACACAACAUUGCCAUGGAUUUCAGGCCUUUUAUUGCAAUAUUUUUAAUGCAAUGUCACUUUUAUAAUUUCUAUAUUUAUUGCACAUAUCAGAAUAUUAGAAAGGGCUUAACAAAUCUCAGCGGCUAAUAAGAGGGGCAUGUUUAGACUAAUUAUUAGAACAUCAAAAGCAAUAUCAUCAAUUGACUUGGAUUGAUAAGCCCUAGAAAGUACAACUGGUGAUUUGAAAAUUUGAAUUCAGAUCCAAAUUCAUAUCAUGAAGUGCACAUACAAAAUAAGACCCCAAAAUUCUGAAAUAAAUAUCCAAGAAAAAUAGUGGUUAUUUCAUUCUAUUUUAUCAAACCUAACAACAUUGUUAAAUCGGGAUGUUUAAGCUGUUUUUAUAUUUUAUUUGGAAGAAAUAUAUCACUUUUUAAGGAUAAAUCCGUUUUUAAAAUGGUUAUUUUAAUAAAAGAUGUAAAAAUCAACAGAAAACUUCAUUGUAAAAAAAGAGGAUAAAGGUCAUAUUUAGUUGCAGAGCUUGCAAAAAUUCCUGUACUAAAAAAACAUUUUGCCUAUGAUAAUAAUGUACCCAUAUGCCAAAUAUGCAUUUCUUCUUUGUGAUUUAGGAUUUGUAAGAACAAUUUCUGAGAAAGUUAGCAUGUAAAA